AUGAGUCUCGUUCGCGCUUCCCAAUAUGUAGUGAGUCGGGAGAGUGGUCUGCGCAACUCCUACGCAGAGAUUUCGAAAUUUUGUCGAACAAGCCGUCACGGGACCACGCCAAAUCGCGUAGGGCUAUGUACGCGGUAUACAACCCGAGGAUUUGCAACCUCACAAUCCGUUCUCCCUGAGGAACAUGUGAAAAAAACCCUGGAUGAUUUCAAGGCUACCAUUCGCUCAUCCGCUUGGGAGAACCGUGACCCAGCAUGGGGUUAUGCACAACUGCCAGAGAACCCUCCUGGCAAAGAAGUUGAACUCUUUGGCUACAUCAGUACAAGACGGGAUGUUAGCAACAAGCUCUCUUUCACCAUGCUCCGUAACAAGAACCAAACAUUGGCUAUCCAACUCGUCUCGAGUCCCCAAAGUGAUGGAGCAGAUGGUCCAGAUGCGCAUGCCUGCCUGCGAUCAUUAAAGGAAUGGACUCCUGUCAUCGUAAAAGGAACACUCAAGGAGCGCCAACCUGCCAAGGCAAAGACGUUCUUAGGCAUGAAGUUGAUCGAUGCUCGCGAAGUUGCUGUGCAGCAUGUACAGCCUCUCAAUGAUAUACCUGACGACAUUAUCAUCAAGAACGACACGGCAUUUGGCCCGGAUCAACGACAUUUGCAGCUUCGUACAGAUUCGGCAUUACGGUUAGAUAUCAUUCUGCGAUCAAAAGCCAUGAUGCGAGCAAGGUUACACCUAAAUGCGUUGCAAUGGAGAGAGAUCGAAACGCCCAUACUAUUCAAGUCGACGCCUGAGGGUGCGAGGGAGUUCCUCGUGCCGACACGGCAGAAGGGACUGGCAUAUGCGUUACCACAAAGCCCACAGCAGUACAAGCAAAUCCUCAUGGCAUCCGGCAUUACCAAGUACUACCAGUUUGCGCGCUGUUUCCGGGACGAGGAUCUGAGGGCUGAUAGACAGCCGGAGUUUACUCAGCUCGAUAUGGAGAUGUCCUUCGCUGGCGAAGAAGACGUCAUGAACGAGACCGAGGCACUACUUAGAAAGCUCUGGUACCAGGUUUUGAAACAGAAGACACCGGAAAAGUUCCAACGAAUGAAAUACCAGACUGCAAUGGCUUCUUACGGAUCUGACAAACCAGACCUACGCUUCAAGGCUAGGAUACAUACUAUCACUGAACAUCUUACAUCAGACCUGAUAGGCAAGAUUACUUCUCUGCAAGAUCCAGCAGUUGAUGCUAUCAAGAUACCGAUAUCUGAGGACCCCAAGGUUACGCGCAAAUUCGUUGCCGAUUUCCUCGACAGUCCGGAUGGGAAGGUCUAUCUCGAGAACCCUGACGGUCAACCCGGUAUCUUCAUCGGUGAUCUUUCGCAACCCAUGCAGGGUCUCGGACCAUUAGGCUACCAAUACGUGAUGGAAGGCCCGGAAGAACUCGCGGUCGAGAACGGUGACCUUCUUGUCCUCCAAGCACGUCCAAAAGCACCCUUUUCAGGCGGCUCAACUAUGCUUGGUAACCUGCGACUUGCUCUUCAUAGAGCGGCUAUAGCACAGGGUCUGAUGGAUGCACCUGCCAAAGACGACUUCCAGUUCGUUUGGAUCACGGACUUCCCACUAUUCACCCCGUCAAGCGACAGCGAACCAGGGCAAGGCGGUUCAGCAGGCUUCUCAUCGACCCACCAUCCUUUCACAGCUCCCAAAACACCCGCGGACGUUGAUGUGCUACUUACGGACCCCUCAUCCGCGGUAGCAGCGCACUACGACAUUGUUGUCAACGGUGUCGAACUUGGUGGUGGCAGUCGCCGUAUCCACUCGGCCGCCAUGCAAGAGUUCAUCUUCAAAGACAUUAUCAAGAUGAAGCCUGAGCGUGUGGAGGACUUUAGACAUCUGUUAGACGUAUUGAGAAGUGGAUGUCCGCCCCAUGCAGGUAUCGCUCUGGGAUGGGAUAGGCUGAUGGCUGUCAUGUGCGGGAAAGAAAGCGUAAGAGACGUUAUUGCUUUCCCGAAAAGUGGCAGAGGCGAGGAUUUGUUAGUGAAGAGUCCAAAUCGCAUGACCGAGGAGCAGUUGGAAUCCAAGUUCCAGAUUCCAGAGGAAUAUAAGUUGCAAGUGAGUUAUGUCGAGGCCAAAGACACGCGAACCGAUGCCGAAAUUCUGAAUUCGCUGACCACGCAUAUACCCAUCACGUCUGAGAAGAAUAUUUGGACAUACUGGCAUGCUGGCGUACAGAAGAUGCCAAAGUGGACGCAACGCAACAUCAUCAACUGGGUGCGACUUCAUGGCCCCGAAUGGACGGUUCGCGUGCUCGAUACAGUACCAGACUCGGCAAACCACGCGUUGAAAUGGGUCACACAAGCAGAUCUUCCAGAGACCUUUGUAGAGGGUACGAUGACGGGUCCAUAUGUAGGACCUCAUAGCGCCGACUUCCUGUGUGGCGCAGCACUGUAUACGUACGGUGGAGUGUGGAUGGACGCUCAGCUUGCGGACGACGCGAGUCCGUUUAGUGUUGCUGCGCCACUGGUAUUCGGACAGUUCAUUGCGAAUCACAUUGUCGCGUCUCGAAAAGGCGAUGAAUUCAUCAAGAAUUGGCAUCUCAUCUUCUUGGAGCUGUGGAAAGGACGCACUGACUUUACUGGUGUGUUGCAAUCGCCCCUCAUCAACUUCACCCAGGUGAUGAAGUUUGAAGACCUCGUCGAGGCAGGCUAUGGGUGGGAUUGGAAAUUGGACGAGCAGACUAUCAUCGGAUACAUCGGACAAUGCGUCGCCUGGAUGCGCUUGACGUGGCUGCAAGAGCCUAAUGGCGGCUUCGAUGGCGUCAACUACUGGGCUAACAAAGUUUUGCUGUGGAAUGUACUUCCCCAAGACUUCCCUGCCGAGAACACUAUCGGUUUCGAUGGCGCAGACAUAUUGAACGUCUUCGCUACGAGACUAGAUGGGAAUGGGAAUGAAGCAGGAUUUGAGAAGGCGAAAAAGGCGGCGUGGACAAUGAUGGCGCAGAGUGUGAUGCAAAAGAUCACUCAUGGCAAAGAGCUGACCCAUACGCCUCAAUGUGGUACGUUGCUGGAUCUCCCAGAGAAUGAAGGCAAGGAUGCGGCACCUGAAACAUUCGGAGAGCUGCUGCGCUACGGUAGUGUACACCUGGGACAGACGAGAGAGAUGCAAUAUGUGACGGCGGCUGUUGUGGACCCCGAGUUCGUGAUUCACAAGGGACUACUGGAAGCGUAA